UGUACAAAUACCUAGAUUCGUAUGUACUGUAUAAACCUACUGUACAUACCUUUGGUACUUUAAACUAACACACACUCUUUUGGUACAGACACACACACAUGACGUUUCCGCCCCCUGGUAUUUUUAGUUAUAAUUGGCUUUUCAUGCUCCUGCAUGGGCUUACUUUUCUUUGAUAACAGUUUUUCAGAUGCACAAAUGAAUUCCAAUGGGGUGGAAGCAAAAGCUCUUUAUUCCCAUCAUCUGGUGUUUUCUUCAGAGAAUAUCAAACACACAAUUUGCUUUACAGCAACCAGAAAUCAACCCAAACACAAAUGAGAUCCCUGUUCUUGAGUUCCAAGGGGAUGGGUAUGCAAGUGCCGAAACAUGGGCUCUAUACAAUGGAACAGUUAAAGAAGACCAGAUAUCUUUUACAAUAUGUCAUAGGUUUCAAUUGUGGUAUCAAAGGCCAAGAAUGUAUAUAUUUGGGUAUGCACAAAGUGAUGCUGAAGCUAAUGAGUUGUCUGCUGAAUAUCAUCUUGGCCGGGAGUCAUUCCGCCUAUGUAAGAGAGGCACAAAAUACUGUGCAUACUAUGACAAACUACCAAAAUUCUACGAAUGGACACAUAUUUGCGUCACUUAUGAUGGAUACAAGGAUAUUUACAAGGUUUUUAUAAAUGGGGAAAAGGUGGAUAGUGGAUCUUGGACGGGGGAGAAUUCAUUGGAGUUACUAAGAUCAAAAGGGAUUCUUUAUCUUGGCCAGGAUCAGGAUUCAUUUGGUGGUGGCUUCCAGCUUACACAAUCCUGGUCUGGGCUUAUUUCUCAAUUUAAUUGGUGGGAUUUCCCCCUAGAAGACUUCUUUAUCGAGAAUGUGGCUGAAUGUAGGACUGAUUUACUGGGAAAUGUCCAGGAAUGGAAAGAAGAAAUGUGGACACUGAAUAAAAUUGUACUCAAGAAAGUACCACUUUUUGAACUUUGUGGAUCAGCAGAUCCUGCAGAACAGGAUUAUUUUUUGUUUCCACUUCCCUAUGAACAUCAUUUUUACACAUCUUGGUGUUUAAAUCAGGGUGGGCAGAUUAUAUCUCCAACAAAUGAUGAAAAUUAUCAUGUUUUAAUGGAUACUGCUGAAAAUCUUGUUAACAGGGAGAUUCAUGAAAAAUGCCUGCUAGCUUCUGGAAGUUUAAACAUUUGGAAUGGUUUAACUGAUCAAUGGGAAGAGGAUCUUUGGGUGAACCCUUACUCAAAGGAGCCAACAGAAGCUUCGUUUUGGCAAGUUGGCCAAGAGUUUGGUAACCCCAGUGAGAAUUGUGCUAAGACUGGAGAUGACAGAAAAUGGCAAGUUACAAACUGUAAUGAAAAGUUAUGCUCUUUAUGCCACUUUCCUAUUGCAAUGAACUUAUCAAUGAGAGGACUGUGUGCAUCUGAAACAAAGAUCAUGGAGGGAUUCUUUGACAUGUUUUAUUUUCUCAAAGGUUUUGUUAACUUGAAACCUCAUUGGAGAGGAUUGGGCAAAUCACAUAUAUAUUUCAUACCUGAAAGGCAAACUUGGCGACUUGAAAGCUAUUAUGAUUUGGACAAAUAUGCUGAAUUCUAUGCUGAAGAUUCCAAUCCUUAUGAUUACUUUCCAACUGGGCGAUCCUUAUGGUUUGUCAAUCAAGGAAUCUGUCAACUAGACAACAAUGCUAAGUAUAAGAUGACUCUUUCCAACUGCAUCUUCAAUGAUGGAACUGGCUAUGAUUACACAUGUACAGAUGGUACUUGUAUAAAUAUCAACAAAAGAUGUGAUUUAGUUGACGAUUGCCCUGAUGCUUCUGAUGAAAGAGAUUGCAACAUCUUGACCAUCCCAAAAGGUUACAAAAGUGAAAUAUUUCCUAUAUCCGCCACAGGAGAUCCAAUACUUGUUACAGCAAACAUUACUAUUCUGUCAUUUCCUAAGAUAAAUACUCUAGAUCUCUCUUACACUGUGGAUUUUAUCCUUUUACUAAAAUGGGCAGACCCAAGAUUGCAAUUUGAAAAUCUACGAGAUGUAGCUGAGUUAAAUAGUUUAUCUACUCAGCUAAUUGAAUCUAUUUGGACCCCAACGCUAUCAUUUCCAAAUGCCCGGCAAGCAGAGGGAACUGUUGUAGACACAGGAUCCAUUAGUAAGGUUGUAAAGAAAGGAUUUCCCAUUCCGGAUGAAUUUAAUCGGGCGGUGGAAGCCACUGUUUACCCUGGUAAAGAUUCACCUAUUAUCAUGGAGAGAGAAUAUUAUGUAGAAUUCAACUGUGACUAUGAACUAUCAAUGUAUCCUUUUGAUACUCAAAUCUGUAAGAUGGAGUUUGAAGUAAAUGGCAUCCCUGAUAAGUAUUUAUCGAUGAGCGCUGAAAUACCCAAAGAUUGUGACUCAUGUUUUGGUGCAGUUUAUCUAGGAAACAGAGUACUGGUAGAGUAUAUAGUGGGGGAUACAGUUAUGGAAUCUGUGGUGAAUCAAACAAGCGGCUACGGAAAAGUUAUUCUCAAUGUGGUAUUUAAAAGGCGUUGGAUUUACCACCUAGUCACUAUUUUUGUACAGUCUGUAGCUUUACUCUUUGUGGCAUAUGUGACUUUCUACUUCAAACUAUCAAAUUUCUCAGAUCGUGUGAUGAUUGCUAUCACAAUCCUAAAUGUUGUGGCCACUGUUCAGUCAUCAAUUGGUACUCUUGUUCCCAAAACCUCCUACUUGAAAAUGAUAGACUAUUGGCUACUCUACUCGUUCAAUAUCAACAUCAUUAUAAUGGCCAGCCAUGUCCUCUUAGACGCAGCUAUCCCAAGAGAUUCCUUAACGGGUCUUGCCAUCAAUCCACGUUUCACUCAACAGAAGUACAAAGAUGAAAGCGAUGAAGAAGAUGAAAAAUUAUCGUUCUUUGGAGAAAAUCCUGGCUGGGAACCUGGGUGGGUUAAGGCUUACAGAAUAAAUGUUUUGAGCAAGGUGUUUCAAGUUGUUAUGUUCCUUAUAUUUAACAUUGUAUUCUGGGGUGUAGCAAUCAACCACAACUUCACAUCUGUGUCUCUGCUGUCGACUGGAAGAAAGUAACCUGGGAUGUAAAGAAAAUAACAAUUCUUAUCAUAUAUCUUAUAAAAUAAGUUAGCAUCACAUGUAUUAGAUAUAAUUAAAAUAAUAAUAAUGAUUAUUUUAGUUUAACAUUUUAUUUAUUAUUUUCAAAUUAAUA